UACGUGCACACCAAACCCUAUCAUUUAUCUUCCAUUCUUUGUUGUAGAACUCAUUAUGAAAAAUUAAUCAGUAAAGUUAUAUUUUCUUUCUCAAAUUUCUGUUCUUCCCAAUCCAAUCUCUAUCCUUAGAGAUUCUGAGUUGUUUCUGUGCUAAUUUGUAAGGCAUGUCCUUACAAUUGGUAUUAGAGCACUCUUUCCUGAGUGACCUUACCAUGAAAAAUCAAGCAGAAAUCAAAGAAUUUACCAGUAGAGUUGAUAUCUUAGAACACGAUAUAUAUGAAGCCAGAAUAGCAUUAUACCAUGAAUUAUUCGAUUUGAGAAUGAAGUCUAUAAGUCUAAUCUGGGAUAAAAAUUCACCAGAUCAUGAUUUCAAUCAUCUACAAAUUGAUAUUCUCAUUUCCAUCACCGAGAAAAAGUUGGAGUCUCUACAAAUUGAGGAGGUUGGGGAUCCGGAAGCUAAGAAGAUGGAGGAUGAGGUUAUGAUGGAAGAAAUGAUAACUGAUGUUAAUCAAAACUCUUCAAUUCCAUCAGAGGAAGCAUGAGACGAUUCUCUCAAUCUGGAAUUCGUGAUUAAUUCGUCGUUUUUUUUCGAUGAAGAAAAAGACGAUUCAACCACUGAUGCAGUCAGAUUAAUUCCUUCUAAAAUCGACGGAGCUGGGGAUGUUGGUGAAAUUCAGAAAGGGGAUUCAAGGUUCCUAGCCUACCAGGAAGGUAAACCCUUCAUUUUUGAAAGUAAAUUCCCUAGUGCCGAAUAGGGUUUCAUAGUGAGAAAGGUUCCGAAAAUUGAGAUGUCAUCCAUCUUAUUCAUAUCUGGAAUUACUUUUUAUAUAUGUUGUUUUACCUAGUUCUGAUUCUGGCCGUGUGUUAUUUAAUCGUGGGAAAUAUCUUGAAGUUGUUGAAAGGUAUCCUUAUUGUGUUAGAAGCAGUUCUAAGUUCAGUUUUGAUAUGCUUACUUCUUGCUUGGUUAAUUUUUAUGGGUCAGUUCUAAUGAAUGAUUAUGAUGGAAAAUGUGUUAAUGAGAUGGUUUGUUAACAUGGGUACUGGUCAGAUUUGAUGUUCAGUGAAACAAUUCCUGGUAUAGUAACUAAAGUGGCGUUGUUGGUACUGCUCGGAUAUAUUUUAUUAAAAUGUCUGACAGUGUAGAUUGGAGUUUGAGCUAUAGCAGAGCUGAUUUUCUUCUAAAACUUCAAAGGGGUCUGGAGAGUUACAAUUCUUCUGUUGAUAAAUGUCCCUUCCUUAAAUUCGAUUCUAUUCGCAUUGUGUUUGAUCCGGUAAAGAAAAUUGAUGUACUAAGAAGUGGGAAUUAUGUAUAUGAGCUAAUUCUGGGAGUCUGGUACUGUUUUGAAGUGCUAUUUGAGUAUUUGUAUAUGUUUUUGUUUGGUAUAAAUGGUGAUAGUGGAAAUGCUAGUAUGCUGGUUGGUAAAAUAAUGCAGCUAGAAUGUGCUCCUAGGGAUAAACUGAUACUCCAUUCGACAAGGAACAACAAGCCUGGUAAUGAAUGGAGUUUACGUGGCCAGGAAUCCCUUAAAAGGGUAGUGGGAAUCAAAAAGAUGUUUGUAAAGACAAAUGGUAGUGGUUUAAAAUGGGUUUUCAUGCUAAUACUUGGGUCACCAAGCCUUAUCAUUUGUGGCAGUAAUGCUGGGAGUUCCAACAAAGUGGAAUCAUAUGAAUGGGGAUGGGGUAUCUUGAACAGAGUCGUAAAAGCUGAGGAAAUGAGUGUUGAUGGUGCUCUACCUUGUACUCAAAGGGUUCAAGACAAUAUUGAAACAAGAAGGGUUAAAGAUGUGAUUGCAAGAGUUAUGAGAGCUCUGUAUAAAGAAGAUUAUACUAUAAACUUGCAGUUGAGAUGUGUUUUACUUGUUCAGCGUAUGCUUAUUUUGGUCACUGCUCAACAUCUAGCACGUUGGUGGCGGGACAAAAUGCAUUCUAGCAGAGUAGCAAUGUUAGUUAAAGCCCAAGGAUUUCAUAGUAGUCUCCUGAACCACGGUGAUGGACUUGCGUAUUAUAUGAUGAAGUAUUUCACACAGGAAGUCCGAACUUCACGGUUAAAUCUCUGAAGCCUAUUCGUGAUGAUACCCUAACUCAUUUUCCUUCAUACACAAUCAGGUUUACCAAGGAAUAUUUCCAAAUUCUACACUACUUCUUGUUUGUUUAUUUGUAAUGGGUUGUUUUUCAUGGAUGCUUAUGAGCUAAUUUUGGAAUUUGGACACCAUUUGGGGUGGUUAAUUGGGAUCUCAAAGGUGUUUUUGUUCGUUACAAAUGGUGGCAGCAUAGAGGCUUGCGAAUUAAUUGAUGAAUCCAUGCAGCAAGUUCUCUUUACUAUUUUGAGACUUCAUGUGACAAAGGAAAAUAAAUCUGAUAAUGCACAAGGAACUUCUUAUCAGUUGCUGGUUGGAUGUCAUAUUCAAAUGAAAGGAGCUUCGCAAGGGUUCACGCAGAUGGAACACUCUUCCCAGUUAGUGUUAUGCUUCUGGUAUGGGAACUGACCAUUCUACAGAAAUACAACUAUUUGGUUUUCUCAUCUCAGUUUGGUUUCAUUGUAUUCACUCUCGGAUUAUGGAGUACGGCAAUUACCAAUGGUUAUAUACUAGUUAUCGUUGAGUUUCCACUGGGAGUACCUAGCUCUAUGGGCUGUGGGAGUAUUAGAUGGUGGGAGUAUCAUCAGAUUUGGCGGGGACUUAUAAAAAACUCAAAUGUGGAGUUGUUACUUACUCAAUACAGAGACGAACAUAGAGAAAUGGGUUUGGAACCAAGUACUCCCAAUAAACAAAAUCACCACAACAUAAGAAUUGCCACUGCCGUAUGGGGUGUUGGUGCUGAGGGCUGUAGUAUUUAAGCUGGUUAUCUUAUUGGAAAUCGUCAACAUUGUUCCUUCUUGGAGUUCAGUCCUCCAUCUUCAGUUUACACAGCUAAUUGUGCAGGUGAAACUUACUGCUUCCUUACUGCAGUGACUCUUGUUUUUGUAGUCUUGCAAAUGAGUUUAGUGGGAGGUAACAACAAUGGCAAAUUAAAAUUAUGGUGUCACCACUUGUCGACAAAAGGCCAAAAGCAGCUGAAGACCAACAAGAAGUUGGCUUUCCAAGAAAAGGAACGCAGGUGAUAGUUUUUAUGUUAGUAGAGAAGGCAGGUUUAAGACUACAUCUUCACAUACAAUUUCAUCGCAAAAAAUUUAAUACGAAUAUGCUUGUUAAUACCUCAACUGAUAGUAGAGAAAUUCUUCUUGCGCUGAAAGAUGGAACAUCGAUUAUUUUUGAAGGACAACCAAGCUUGAUGCAUUCCAUUCAGUUGAGUGGUUUCCAGCAUUUCAUGGACCUAGGUCAUGACGUUGUGAAGUUCAUAAUUGCAACAACAUUUGGAUAGAGCUGCAAGUCGGCAACAGAUCUGUUCUUUAUGGGUCGAGCUCAUUUCAUAUCCUUGAGGACAAGGAUAAAUGGAAGGAGUGGGAUUUUUCAGGACCCAACCUUGGUCUGACAAGUUCAGUUAAGGGACACCUGGUUAUGGGGUGCUAGUAGUCUGUUUAGUUUAAUUAGUAGUUAAUUAAUCAUUAUUAUUAGUUGCUAAGUAGGAUUAGUAGAGUGUGUGUGUGAGUGGCACACGUGCACACGAAACCCUAUCAUUUAUCUUCCAUUAUUUGUUGUAGAACUCAUUAUGAAAAAUUAAUCAGUAAAGUUAUCUUUU